AUGCCGUUUGAAAAUUUAUGUUAUUCGUAUAUUAAUAAACCGGGCGAUAUUGGAUUGAGUGACGCGCUUAGUAAUAUAGUUGCUAAUACAAAUGAAGAUUUUGUGAUUAAGAUGAUAUAUUGCGUAUCAAAUAAAUGCAUAGAUGGCAAAAGUCAGGAAAUUAUAAAUAUGUGUUUUAAAAGCAUGCCGGUUGAUAAAAACUCAGCUGAUCCUAGCAAGAAUAUGUUUUUUUUACGUAUUGCAACUGAUGAUAUAAAUAAUCUAGAAAGCGGCGAAAUUAAUGAAUCGGAAAUAGGAGAUCUAUGGAUGUUUAUGUAUAAUAAUAUGAAUGCUAGUAAAUGCAUGUCUACGAUUGAUGCGGCACUGAAUGCUAAGGUGAUGAAUCCUACUGUAUUGGCGAAACUAGUUGGUGCGAUUGUUAUAUCAGAAACAGAUGAUGCUGGAAAUCAUAAAAAUCUGAUACGAAUGAUGAGUGAUUCGAUUUAUAAGCGGUUUAAAUAUAACUGCAUGGAGUUGGAGGAUUUUCUUAAUCAGCUUAAGGUUCGCAAUAAAGAAGCACAUGCAGUAGUAUUUGAAUGCUUGGCUCAGAAAGAUAUGCUUAUGCUAAAGAUGAUUUUAUCAUCGAAUGAUAUCAUAAAUCAGAUAGAGCUUAUGCAUAUUGUAAGUAUUAUAAAUAGAAUGGGCGUAAAGAACGGCGAAGCUGCCAAGGGAGUGAUGACGAUGGAUAUAGAUAAGCUGAAAAUUAUACUGGAAAAAAGGGCAGGAACUGAAAAGUAUAAGAUUAUUGGAAUGUUGUUGCCAUAUAUUAUUACGUCUGAUGCAGUGCUAAAAGAUUUAUUGGCAAGUAUUUUAGAAGAAGAAGGCAAUGAUGAUUUGAGUGAAGAGUAA